AUGAGCUCCAAGUUGAAAUACGCUGACAUUGAUGUGCCAUUGGACUGGCUGUAUAAGGGGAAACGAAGGAAUAGGACCAAAAAUGUGAAUUCUGCGCGUGUCUCAGAUGUAACUUCCAGUUCUGUCAAGAAAACGGUUACUUCCACGUCAGCUUCGGCUGUUACUGUUAAUGCCACGGUUUCUCCUCAAAGGCCCCUGAAUGAUCGGAGUGUAAAUAACGAAGUGUCCAACUCUAAAUCAGCGGUGUCUGCUGGUAAGGUGCCUCAACAGAAACAAUUUCCUACUAGAAGGACUCGCUCCCACUCGGUAUCCUAUGGGAUACUCCAGAAGAGUACAACCGACGACACCACAGAUUCUCCAAAAAUAACCCGAAUCAGAACUGCACAAGACCAACCUAUUAAGGAGAUCGACAGCAGUAUCGGCGUGGAACCUAUAGUGUCAAAAAAGGGGAGAACCCGUUCUUCUUCCAUUUCAAGUUCUUUGAAUGAACGGUCAAAGAAGUCUUUGUUUGGUUCUUUGUUUGGGAGAAGACCUUCCAGCACACCCUCGCCCAUUAUUGAAAGGCCUUCAUCUUCUCGGAGUGAUCAUAAAAAAAGCACAGAUUUACCGCCUAUCGAUACCAAGCAGUCGAAAAGUUCUACUCCAAGUAGUGCUCCCGCCACUGCAUCUUUCAAGCCGGCUAGUUCCGGUGGUAAUAGGCAUCUUGAUGGGUCUCUUACUUCAAAACUUCUAAGCAUCCCGCAUAGCAUCUUAGAAACGUCUUCCUCGAAUUCCAGUCACCAUCACCAUCACCAUUAUCAGCAACUUCAUAGCCACAGACGUGAACAGGACUCACCACAAUCUUCGCAAAGUCCAGAUUUAUCUCCUAUUUCAGAAAAAGAAAUUGCACAAAAACAACUACAGAAACUUUCGAACGUAAAUUUGAAAAGAGUCACAAUUGCUGUUCAAGAAUUUAACUCUGAUCCACCGCAGCAACUACCUUCCAGAAAACCUAAAAGAGGCGAUGUCCUCAUACCAGAAGAUAUGAUAAGUGCACCUCCUCUGAUUUCCUUGGGCAUUUCAAACAGUGGUGAUCAAAGCAGUUCCCAGUCAAAUAUUUCUCCUUCAUAUUCUAAAGAUUCUAAAGAAUAUAAAGCUGCUUUGGAAAAUUUCAAGCGGGCAGUUAAGGAAGCUGAAAAGCAUCAAAAAGAUGCAUAUUACGUUGCAGAACGUAUGGCUCAUGAAGUAGCAAGCUAUAAGGCCAGGCAAUUGAAGACAUCUCCAUCGGGAGCCGCCGCUAAUUCGGUAGCGAAUUUAGCGACGGAUCAAGAGUCCACCUCCUUGGAUGCCAGGGCUUCCAAGCUUCAUAUCGAUAAACCUAUUAACGCAGGAGCACAUCCUUUUGAAACACAUCAAGAUGACAGCGCCAGGUACUCUUCUCAUAUUGAACAAACAUUGGACGUCGCCUACACUAGGUGCUGUCAUUUAAGAGAAAUUCUUCCAAUACCGUCCACUUUGAGACAGGUUAGAGGUAAAACUGCUCCUUUACAAACGUUGAAAUUUUUGAAUCCUAAACCGACUUUAGUGGACAUUUUAUCAUUUUGCGAUUUUAUUGCCAUAACCCCAAUUCAUAAUAUCAUUUUUGAUAAUGUAUGUUUAACCCAUGAUAUGUUUAGAAUUGUUAUUUGUUCCUUAGUGACUUCUCCAGUUGUGGAGAAAUUAGGCUUAAGAAACGUUGUAAUCAAUGAGCAAAGUUGGAAAUUACUUUGUAAGUUUCUAUUGAAGAAUGAAACAUUGAUCAAAUUAGAUAUUUCUCAAACUAAGGCAAGAACAGAUUUAAAUGAUUCAAACUACAGAGACCAAAUGGAUUGGGAAUUAUUCUGCGAAGUUCUUAGGAACAAAAAAGGUAAGCCUUUGGAAGAACUGCUUUUGAAUGGGUUGAGGUUUGACAAAAUGUCAUUCAACCAUUUCAAGAAUACGUUACUUACAUUUGCCCAAAUGAACCCUGGAAACUCUAUUCGUCUUGGUAUGGCUAACGUGGAAUUUUCGACUCAGUGUUUCGAUUUUCUCUUUGAUUGGAUGUCAGAAUAUAACGUUCAAGGUGUGGAUUUGGCAUAUAAUAAUUUAGAAAGUCUAGCAAAACCAAUGAUCAAGAAACUGGCCAGACUUCCUUAUAAACAUUUGGAAUACUUUACCCUUAAUAGUACUAACAUUACUUCUGUUGAUGAUAUGUCCUGCAUAUUAAAAUAUCUUUCACGGUUGCCCAGCAUAAAAUUUCUUGAUUUGAGCAAUUUGCCUCAGCUAUUUCCGGAAAUUUUGACAUCUGGCUACAAGUAUCUUCCCCAAUUUCCUCAACUGAAGCGCGUUCAUUUCGAUUUCAAUGACCUUUAUAUAAAGGAGACAACAAUGCUUGUCAGCAUAUUAUCUAAGUGUGGAACUCUCUCUCACGUUUCACUGAUAGGACAAAGCCCCAUGCCCGACGUAAAUAAAAUAUUAGUCGAUACGGAUGAACCAGAAAAGAUGAGAGCUGAAAAGAAAGAACAAAUCAUGUUUCUCAGAAAUACGCUUUGGGCAUCAUUGUAUGCUUUUGUAAGGGACUCCCACAAUCUAGUUAGUUUGGAUGUUGACUAUGAUCAAGUACCAGACGAGAUUCAGUCAAGAAUUGCAUUAUGUUUAAUGCAUAAUAUGAAAAGAAUUAUGGACUCCAGCUUCAAAUUGGAUGAGUUGACUGUACAAGAUGAUCUAAUAUUUGAUGGCUCUUUAAUAACCGAGACUGCAGAAGAAGUUCUAAAAAGAUUAAAUGAUAAGUCUUUACUUCAAAAUGAUGUUGGAAAGAAAUAUCUCUUAAAGAAAUAUUUUGAAAAAAUGGAGAAGGUGCAUCAUAACGUUCAACAUACAAUUGACUCUAUGUUUGAGAAAAGAAAAUCUGGUGAAUUACCGUUGCAAGAAAAGGAAAACCUGCUCAGGUUAUUACUACUUGAAAAAAAUCUAUCAAACAUUCUUGAUAUUUUUGCUUCGAUGCCCAAUAUCGCCGAUGUCGUACCGUUUUCAAAAGCGGAUAAUAAUUUUCCAAAUAUCCGCGACAGCUCGAUAAGUACAAACUAUAAUGAUGGAAUUCGUCCAUCUCUAAAACACUUGGAUUCUGACAGGUUAAUCAAUGAUGCUUCGGUUCCUGAAAACGAUUCAUCGGUUAGACCGCAUUUGAUGGCAACUGAUUCAGGACGUAUUAUUGAUGUAACCACCGGAAAAGCUCUUCUCUUCAAAAGUUCAUCCAACACCUCAUUAGCUGGCAAAAGACAGGAAGAAGAGGAAGGUGAAUUGCAUAAAUGGGGUGUCUUCGUUCAACAUCAAAGUUCAAGACACAAUGCUGUGAUUCCCUCAUCCACUAGCUCCUCAAGAACUAGCAGUUCGCCCUCACCAAAUGGUAACGUCAGAGGUGGAAAGAAGAUGGGGUCAGCUCAAACAUCCGGUUCAAGGCCAAAGAUUUUACCAAAGAUACCUACUGGUACCGAGCUAAGAGACGCCAUUAUCAAGGCCAAGGGAAUUAAUUCUGUCGAUGAUUUGAUAAAAAACGUCACUUCUGAGAAAGUUGUCUUGGAAUCGCUAUAUGGAGACGAAUUAAACUCUGGAAGCCCAAGCAACGAUAAUUUACAGGAGCCACAACUGAAGGGGCCCUUGCAUAGGCCAUCCAUCGAAGAUGAAACAGUGACAAAGAAAUAUGACAAACUAUUGAAUGAUUUGUCUAAUGUUCGCCAUAGCAAGUGCUGA